CGCGCGCGCUCCGAGCGGCGGCCACGGCCACGGCCACGGCGGCGGGCGGGGGGCGCGGGCGGCGGACGCGGGGGGCGCGCGCCAUGGCCGGGGACAGCGAGCAGCGCCUGCAGGACCAGCAGCAGCCGGGCGGCGAGCCCUUCCUCAUCGGCGUCAGCGGGGGCACGGCUAGCGGCAAGUCUUCCGUGUGCGCCAGGAUCGUGCAGCUCCUGGGCCAGAACGAGGUGGACUACCGGCAGAAGCAGGUGGUCAUCCUGAGCCAGGACAGCUUCUACCGCGUCCUCACCUCCGAGCAGAAAGCCAAGGCCCUGAAGGGCCAGUUCAACUUCGAUCACCCGGAUGCCUUUGACAAUGAACUCAUCUUCAAGACGCUCAGAGAGAUCACGGAGGGCAAGACCGUGCAGAUCCCCGUGUACGACUUUGUCACGCAUUCCCGGAAGGAGGAGACGGUGACCGUGUACCCCGCCGACGUGGUGCUCUUCGAGGGCAUCCUGGCCUUCUACUCGCAGGAGGUGCGAGAUCUGUUCCAGAUGAAGCUCUUCGUGGACACUGACGCUGAUACACGGCUGUCCCGAAGAGUUCUAAGGGACAUCAGCGAGCGAGGGCGGGACCUGGAGCAGAUCCUCUCUCAGUACAUCACCUUUGUCAAGCCCGCCUUCGAGGAGUUCUGUCUGCCCACGAAGAAAUACGCCGACGUGAUCAUUCCCAGAGGUGCCGAUAACCUCGUGGCCAUCAACCUGAUCGUGCAACACAUCCAGGACAUUCUCAACGGGGGCGUCUGCAAACGACAGAGCAACGGCUGUCUCAACGGCUACACCCCUGCUCGCAAGAGACAGGCGUCCGAGUCCAGCAGCCGGCCGCACUGACCCGCCCGCCGCUCCCCUGUACAUACGCCUCCCAGCCCGGACACCCCGUCCUGUUCCCUCCCCCGCCCCCCCCCCACCACCACCCCUGCCCUGCGCCCUCCCUUCUGGAAACGGCCAAACUAAACAGAACUUGCCCCCUCGCCUGCGCUUAAACCAGAAACUGUGCCAACCGCUCCCGGCGGUGCCCGAGCCCGCCUCGGCCCGCCCGCCGCGUCAGAAAUACACGGAGCCAGAGGAUCUAUUUUUGUGUCCACGUACGAGUACUGUAAAGCUCUCCGCCCGAGACCCCGGCAGGCCGGCUAGACGCUGGCGAGUGUCUGCGGGGAGGGGUGGGGUGUGGCGCGGGUGUGUCCCCUCUCCACCCCCCGGGAGAUGCGGCGUGCAGGGCACAGCGCUGGAGCCUUGGCCGUCCACACGCCCCCGCCCCCCCCCCACCCCCACCGCCACCCCCUCCCCUCCCCGGCCGCCACUUUCGGGGACCCCAGCUUUGGCUGCACUGAUGCUGAGCAAAGCCCUUUUCUCUGUUUUGUUCUGCUCUUUGGGGUUUUGUGGGUUUUUGGUUUUUUUUUCUUUGGUUUUGGUGUUUUUUUUUUUUUUUUUUAAAUUCCGCUUCUUUUGAGUUGAAAUUGGGCAGGACCUCAACUCAAAAGCCAAUCUCAGGAAGGGGUCUAGUGUAGGGGAGGGCGGGCAGGGCAGGCUGCCCUGCGGCCCUGGCGCGCCCCCUCCCCCCCCCAUACACACUCCUGCCAGCUGGGCGGGCGGGGGCCCCUGGGUGUCCUUGGGGACUGGUGAAUGGCCACAAGCCCCGCCCCCGCCCGCCCACCCACUCUGCAGAGUGCUAGCAGUCUGGAGGGGGCGCGGUGCCCGUAGCCUGCUGGCGGGGCAGAGUCCCCGCCCCCGCAGGCACCCGCAGCCUCCAGGCGUGCUCCCUGGGGGGGGGGGUGCGCAUUCCGGGGACCCCUGCAGGAAGCUGGGGUACAGGGCCAACAUGAGGGGCUGCUCCCUGCCCGCCCGCCCGGCCCGGCCCCCCGUGGCAUCGUCCCCGUCGCUCUUCCUCCCUUCCUGGUAGACUCAUCUGCACCCCAGGUUUCUUGUUCUGUCCCCCAAAGUCCACACCAGGUGUACCCCCCCACCCCCCCACCUGCCCCCCUGCAGCGGCCGCGGCCUGCGGGAGCGAGGCCAGCCCCCCGGGGGUCCCAGGCCGGCCGGGUGACGCUCAUCUGUACUUGAAGCUCCCAGGUGCCAAACCGUUUAGUGCCUUGGCUGUGCGGCCCAGAGCGGGGGCUUCUCCUCGGCCCUGACCCCCCAGGGCACCCCCCACCCCCCACCCCUCCUGGGUGUGCGGGACCAGGAUGGACCAGCGCGGGGCAGCUGGGGCGAGUCAGGGGUGGGGGUGGAGGUCAGGGGUCGAGUCCUCAGACCAGAGCCCGUGGCUGGUCCUGCGUCCCCCCGGGUCCCCCACUGUCCCCCCGGGGAGACUCUCUAGAGGCUCUUGGCUUCUGGCCGCUAACGGUGCUCGCUUUGCCCUCCGUGCCCCGGCGCCAAGUGCCAGCCGUGUGCUCCUGGAACCGGCCAGGAGGGCUUCCUGGGAGGCGCCCCCUCGCCCCCCCUCCCUCUGCAUGAGCAGUGUGAGACCACCUCCCACCCUUUUCCUGGGGCUCCACAGCCCUGUGCAGGGGGGCGGGGACACCCCCGGAGCCGGGAGCAGGAGGGCAGUGCACCACGGGCACAGGUGCUACGGGUGUCACGUGUCACAAGGCUGGGACACGCGUGGGGUGGGGGCUCUGAGACCCCUCCCCCUCUGAGCCUGGUCUCCGGGGCCGUGACGGCAGCUCCGAGGCGCCCUGCCCGGUCCCCGUGGGCGGGGAGACGGAGCGAGCCCCCCUCAAUGUUUUCGUUUCUGUUCAGACGCUUGCUCUGCGCUGGCCCCCCGCCCGCCUGCCCACUCCCCCCGCCCCACUGUCGCGCGUUCCGGAAAUGACCGUCCUGUGUACUGUAAAUAAAGGCUGGACAGAAAACCAG